AUGUCUGUAAAUGAGGAAUAUAACUCAAUUAUCAAUUCAUAUGAAUCAAAAUUGUUGCAUAAUGGGUUACGUCAAGAUUCUCAAGAAUUCCAAGAUCAAUUGAAUGAAAAUAUCUAUAAACUUAUUAAUUUGAGGAAUAAAGUGUUUAAUGAAUUAGCAUUAUUUAGUGGCAAUGAAACAUUAGAUGAUUUGACAACUUCUUCGAUUAAUUUUUUAUCAAUUAAUUAUUAUUUAGGUCUAUUAAGUUCGAAGAAACAGAGUGUUGGUGGAAAAUCUAUUAGUCUACUAGAAUCUAACAAAUUGAAAAUACUUUUUUUACAAAGAUCUAUACAAUUAUAUAUGCAAUAUUUAAAUAUGUUAGACAAUUAUGGAAUUCUUGACAAAUUUUUAUCAUCAACCAUCGAAACUUUUAAUGAUCCUAUGAAUCCCACAUUAAGUGAAUUGUAUAAACAACCAAAGUCUUCUACUGACAUAAAUAAUGCAUACUUAAAAAGACAACAAAAGAUUGAAAUGAAUCGUCAGACAAUCUCUAUUGAAAAAAAGAUUAAACAAUUAGAAGAUCAAUAUAAGAUAAAUAAAGGUGAAUCAGAUGAAGAUUUUUCAUCUACUGAUGAAGACAUGUAUCGUAACCUUUUAAUUAUGAGAUUAAAAUUAUUGAGUUAUAAUGCUUUUAAUGAAAUUGAACAGAUAUUGUAUGAAAUUGAAUUACUUCAAAAUUUUGUAAAAAUGGCACCAGUCGAGAAUACACAACUCAAUAAGGAGAAUCGAAGUACUACAGAAGAUCCAACUGGAUUUACUGAGAGAUUAGAAACUUUUGAUAAACCUAUUUUAUCUAAAUCAGGUAAGGUAUUAAGAACUUUUACAUUAACAAAUAAAAGACAACAGUUGCAAGAUAAAGUUAAAGGGUAUGGACAAUAUGGUCCUACUAUGACAGUAGAAGAAUUCUUACAACAUGAGUUUGAGUCAGGUAGAGUAUUACAAGGUGGUAAGGACGAACUCAUACGAGAACAACAAGAGAAAGAAGAUAAUGAAGAUAAUUAUGAAUAUAAUGACAGAGAAACUUAUAAGGCAAGAGAAUGGGAUGAAUUUAAAGAGAAUAACCCAAGAGGAAGUGGAAAUACCAUGAAUAGAGGUUGA